CGAUGCACCUGUUUGGUCUGAACUGGCAGCUUCAGGAGAGUGAGGGAUACGGAGCAUUUGAAAAUGGAGGAGGGGAAAGAGAUACAACUCCCAACACCUUCAUGGUGUCUACAGACAACGGAAAAAUGUUUCUUCUAGAGAACAACACCAUAGACACGGGGGAGGUGGAUGUGGGGAGGCGAGCCAUACAAGAUGUCCCCCCAGGUGUGUUUUGGAGGUCCCAGCUAUAUAUUGAUCAGCCACAGUUUUUGAAAUUCAACAUCUCCGUGCAGAAGGAUGCUCUUGUUGGAGUCUAUGGACGCAAAGGCCUGCCGCCCUCACACACACAGUACGACUUUGUGGAGCUUCUGGACGGCAGCCGCCUCAUUUCCAAAGACAAGCGGUCGCUCAGUGACACGGAUGCAGGACAUGCUCACGAGGAGGGGUCCGCAGGGGGGGCCCGACACACACGCUCUGUGAACGUGCACGGGGCCGGCUUCAUCCAGUACCUGGACACGGGGAUCUGGCACCUGGCCAUGUACAACGACGGGCGCAACACAGAACAAGUCUCCUAUAACACUAUCGCUAUAGAGUCGAUUAUGGAGUGUCCUCAGAAUUGUCAUGGAAACGGGGAUUGUCUCUCAGGAAUAUGUCACUGUUUCCCAGGAUUCCUAGGGCCUGACUGCUCUCGAGCCGCCUGCCCGGUGCUCUGCAGUGGGAACGGCCAGUACUCCCGCGGCCGCUGCCAGUGCUACAGCGGCUGGAAAGGCACUGAGUGUGAUGUGCCGGUCAACCAGUGCAUUGACAUCCACUGUGGAGGACACGGCAUCUGCAUCGUGGGAGCCUGCAUCUGCAACACCGGCUAUAAGGGCGAUAACUGUGAGGAAGUGGACUGCAUCGACCCCAGCUGCUCGGCUCACGGUGUGUGUAUUCACGGAGAGUGUCACUGUCAGCCGGGCUGGGGGGGGGCCAGCUGUGAGAUAGCUAAGGCCAUGUGUCCUGAUCAGUGCUCGGGCCACGGCACUCACAACGCAGAGACCAGCACCUGCAGCUGCGACCAGAACUGGACCGGGCCCGACUGCUCUCUAGAGGUGUGUGAAGUGGACUGUGGCAGCCAUGGCAUGUGUUACGGCGGUGUGUGUCGAUGCGAGGAGGGCUGGACAGGAAGUGUGUGUGACCAGAAGGCCUGCCACCCACUGUGCAGCAAGAACGGAGUGUGUAAGGAGGGCAAGUGUGAGUGUGACCAAGGAUGGACAGGGGAGCACUGCAAUAUUGCUCACAACCCGGACAUUAGAGUGAAAGGAUAUAAAGAGGGGUGUCCCGGUCUCUGCAACAACAACGGACGCUGCACUCUGGAGGCCAGUGGAUGGCACUGCAUCUGCCAAUCAGGGUGGAGAGGGGCCGGGUGUCACGUAGCCAUGGAAACACUCUGUACGGAUGGCAAGGACAAUGAAGGAGACGGCUUGACUGACUGUAUGGAUCCAGACUGCUGCCUGCAGCCCUCCUGCCAGAGCCAGUUAUACUGCAGAGGGUCUCCUGACCCGGGGGAGGUGCUGAGCCAGUCCCCGUCCUCAUUGAUUCCUCAGCAGGCUGCCAGGUCUUUCUACCAGCGCAUCCACUUCCUGCUGGGUGCUGAAUCCACUCACGUCAUCACUGGAGACUCUCCGUUCAAUAAAAGCCUGGUGUCGAUAAUUCGCGGUCAGGUGUUGACAGCUGAUGGAACACCUCUGAUUGGAGUCAACGUCACGUUUGUCCACUAUCCUGAACAUGGAUACACUGUGACACGCAAGGAUGGCAUGUUUGAUCUCCUGGCAAACGGCGGAGCUUCCCUAACGUUGAGUUUUGAGCGCGCUCCAUUCCUCACGCAGUACAGAACAGUGUGGGUGCCAUGGAACGUUUUCUAUGUGAUGGACACCCUGGUGAUGAAGAAGGAGGAGAAUGACAUCCCCAGCUGUGACCUGAGUGGCUUCAUCCGACCCAGCCCCGUCAUCGUCGCCUCUCCUCUGUCCACCUUUCACAGAUGUUCCUCUGAUGAUGGCCCCAUCAUACCUGAGACUCAGGUGUUACAAGAAGAAACCUCAAUACCAGGCAGUGAUCUGAACCUGAUCUACCUGAGCUCCAGAGGUGCUGGAUAUAAACCUGUCCUCAAAGUCACCAUGGCACAGUCAUCAAUACCUUUCAACCUGAUGAAGGUUCACCUGAUGGUGGCUGUUGUGGGUCGCCUUUUCCAGAAAUGGUUCCCUGCGCAACCGAAUCUAUCCUACACCUUUAUCUGGGACAAGACAGAUGCCUAUGGCCAGCGCGUCUAUGGACUCUCGGAGGCCGUUGUAUCGGUGGGGUUUGAAUACGAGUCCUGCCUGGACCUGAUCCUGUGGGAGAAGAGGACGGCCAUCUUGCAAGGCUACGAGCUGGAUGCUUCCAACAUGGGAGGAUGGACGCUGGACAAACAUCACAUCCUGGACGUGCAAAACG